CUCAUUCGAGAAGCAACUGACAUCUCAACAAAAAUAUGAAGUGCUGCGGAGUAAUUCUUUUUGUCUUGGCUGUCUUCGUCUGCCAGAAUGAAGCCAGUGUCUCUCCGGUAAUGAGCCAUCUGAAUGAGACCGUGCAGAGCGUGCAGAACGCCUUGCAAGAGCGCAAGGGUCGUGUCGCAGAAGAGCAGAACAGGAAGCUCCAGGCUUUUAUGGAGAACUUCAGGGGUAUCGUAUCCCACUCAGUGGCUACCGCUAGGAAAGAAUUUGAGGGGAAGGGUCCCGAGUGCCUGACAAAUCUUGAAGGAGAGCUCACUGCUGCUCAGAACAAAGUUUCACCUGUAUUGGAGAAAUGCCUUCAAAAUAAUACUCCUGACGCCAGACCUGUUGAAGACCGCAUUGAUGUAUCACUCGCUAAAGGUGCCGAGAUCCUGGCUACAAUAAACGAGAUUGAAGUUGAAUGUGCAGGUGAGAAGGAAAUCGCCACAAGGGCAUGCAUCGCAAGGAGAAUCCCAAAAGUCUCAGUGGCCGUUGGAGUUUAUCUGGCAGGUGUUGGAAAGCUGAAGGGACAGGUUGUUGUCGCUCUUGGUCUGUCAUACGCUAAAAUCGGCAAAUGUAUAGUCGUCCCACUGAAGGACUUCAAAGUUGAAGUUGAGAAGGCAAAGCGGAAUGCUCGUGCUUGCGUCAAAGCUGCCCAAUAA